UUCUCAUGGCUUCUUCUCCCUCUUCAUUUACGUCUUCCAAUUACAGAUUCAACGUCUUCCCAAGCUUCCAUGGGCCAGACGUCCGUAAAACGUUGCAUGGUCACUUGCGAAAACAGUUUUUACAUAAUGGAAUUACAAUGUUCAAUGAUCAAGGAAUUGAGAGAAGCACAACUAUAGCACCUUCACUGGUACAAGUGAUAAGAGAAUCGAGGAUCUUGGUUGUGAUUCUCUCAAAGAACUAUGCUUCCUCAAGCUGGUGUUUGAAUGAGUUGGUGGAGAUAUUGGAGUGCAAGAAAGUUACAGGACAAGUAGUGAUGACCAUCUUCUAUGGUGUGGAUCCUUCCGAUGUAAGGAAACAGACCGGCGAUUUUGGGAGUGCUUUCAAGAAAACAUGUUCACUAAAUACGGACGUGGAAAGGCAGAUAUGGAUCACAGCUUUGACUAAUGUGAGCAACAUAGCUGGAGAAGACUGCCAAAAUUGGGACACUGAAGCAAACAUGAUCGAGAAGAUUGCAGAAGAUAUUUCACGGAGACUAAAUGCUACACCAUCUAAGGAUUUUGAAGGCAUAGUGGGACUUGAAGCACACUUGAAGAAAAUGCAGUCUUUGUUACAUUUAGAUUGUGAGGAUGAAGCUAUGAUAGUUGGAAUAUGUGGCCCAGCAGGGAUUGGUAAGACUACAAUUGCCAGAGCUUUACAUAAUCGACUCUCUCCCAAGUUUCAGCUAACUUGUUUUAUGGAGAAUAUAAGGGUAAGCUAUAAUAGUGGUAGUGGUUUUGACGAGUAUGGCUUGAAGCUGUCUCUGCAGAAGAAACUUCUUUCAAUGAUUUUAAACCAAAAUGGUACGACUAUACACCACUUAGGUACGAUACAGGAAAGGCUACGCGACCAGAAAGUGCUUAUCUUUCUUGAUGAUGUGGAUGAUUUAAAGCAACUAGAGGCUUUGGCUAAUGAAACUAGGUGGUUUGGUUGUGGUAGCAGAAUUAUUAUAACCACCGAAGAUCAAGAAAUCUUGGAGCAACAUGGUAUCAACAAUACAUACCAGGUUAAUUUCCCAUCCAGAGAAGACGCUCGUAAGAUCUUUUGCAGAUAUGCUUUUAGACCGAGCUCUCCACCUGAUGGUUUUGAAAAGCUUACGGAGAGAGUAACAGAAAUCUGCAGCAACCUUCCGUUGGGUCUACGUGUCAUGGGUUCAUUUUUACGUGGAAAGAACCAAGAUGAGUGGGAAGUUAUACUGCAGAGGCUAGAAAACAGUCUUGAUCGAGAUAUCGAAAGAGUACUUAGAGUCGGAUACGACAGUUUACAUGCGAACGAGCAAUCUCUAUUUCUCCACAUUGCAUUCUUCUUCAACAAUGAAGAAGAGGAUCAUGUGAUGGCC